AUGGAUCUCGUCGGCAAACUCGUCGGAAAGGUGCUCGAAUCCAAGAGCGGUGAAAGCAGCGGUGGCAGCGGCGGCGGCGGAUACGGAGGAUAUCCCGAGCAGCAGCAGCAGCAGCAGCAACAAUACGGCGGAUACUCUGCGCCUCCUCCCUCCGGCCCUCCGCCCGGUGCCUCGCAAGACCUGCCGUACCCGUGGAUCGCCCGCUGGGACGACCAGAGCGGCCGCUACUUCUACGUCAACGAGCAGACCGGCGAGCGAACCUGGCACCGCCCCGGCGGCGCUCCCCCGCCACAGCAAUACGGGGGCGGCCAGCCGUCGUAUGGCGAAUAUGGUCAACAACCGUCGUAUGGCCAACCGUCAUACGGCCAGCCGGCCUAUGGUCAACCCCAACCAUCGUAUGGCGGCCAGCCCGGGUACGGGUAUGAGGGAUCUCGUGGCGGAGAGUACUAUUCCCAACAGCAGCAGCAGCAGCAGCCCGAGAAGAAGAGUAACCACGGGUUGAUGUAUGGCGCGGCCGGCGCGGCAGUCGGAGUUGCGGGUGGUGCGCUUUUGAUGCACGAGGGCGAGAAGAUUCUUUCAGCUGACCAUUUCCCCUCCCCGGGGGCGACAGAUGAGAACUGGGAUGAGAACAAAGAGAAGUUUGAACAAGGAGUGGAGGAUUUCCCGGAGGAUGCGGCCCAUUGGACCGGUGAAAAAGUCGGUGAAGUCGAGCAGAUCCCCGAUCGGAUCGAAGAUGGCUGGGACCGCGCCGAGGACCGCGUCGAGGAUGGUUGGGAUAAUGCGGUGGACAAUGUGGAGGACUUCCCUGAGAAUGCGGCGCACUGGACGGGGGAGAAGGUCGGCGAGGUUGAGUCGUUUGGCGACGACCUUGGAGAUGCUUACGACGCCGGAGAGGCCGAGGGUAGAGACGACGAUUGGUAA